CUUGGAAUUUACUUGUCAAACUACGAACAUACCACAAUCAGAAACGGUUAACAGUUAAGCGAAGGCAAGUCGAACAAAAUGUCGAAAAAAUUAGACAAAGUCUGUCGAAUUUGCCAACGUCAGUUUCAAGCACCAUUUGUAACGAAAGCUUGUCAUAUUUAUCUGAGCAGAUCAAGUCAGGGAGUUUAGAACCCGCUGAUGUACUACAUGCUUUUCAGCUCAAAGCGUUGGAGUUGUACGAUAACGGAAAUUCAGGUAUUUGUGAAUUCAUUUUGGAGGCAGAAGAGAAUGCUGUUAACAUGAUAUCGUCAUCGGACAUCGAUAAAGAAUCACAGCUGUAUGGGAUACCAAUUAGCAUAAAAGAGAGUUUUACAUUGGGUGGUUAUGAUAGUACUGUGGGUGUCAUCAAACUCUGUAAUAAACCUAUGAGCGAUGACUGUGUUCUCGUGAAAGUACUCAAGAGUGUCGGUUCAAUCCCCUUCGUAACUACUGUGACCAGUCAGUUAUGUCGCACAUUGGAUAGCUUUCACUGUGUUUAUCGUGAGGCAAAACACCCAAUGAAUUCGUUGAGAAUGCCUGGUGGGAGUUCAACGGGGGAAGCUGUACUAUUGGCGUUAAAUGGUUCUCCAGUUGGUAUCGGUGGUGAUAUUGCUGGUAGCAUUCGUAUACCGUGCGCAUUUUGCGGUUUAGCUGGUUUGAAACCAACGUUUGGAAGGCUGAGCAUAUCGGGCAUACCAUCAGCCACGAAGCAAUCCGUGCUUCACAUAGGCGCUUGCCCAGGACCCAUGGGUAGGAAGGUGGAAGACUUGGCUCGUGUAAUGCGCGCAUUGUUGUGCCCUACGAUGUUUGAUCUGGACCCUUAUGUUAUACCGUUGCGUUUCAAUGAGGACUUAUAUGAAGGGAAGGGGAAGCGCCAGUUAGUAAUUGGUUAUUAUUGCAACCUUGAUGAUCCAAAUCUCAUUCAGGUGGUGGAUGUGAAUAGACUAGCUGUGGAGAAGGCAGUUAAAGCGUUAGAGAGUUAUGGACACAAAGUUGUAAGGUUCACCGUCCCUCAUCCUUAUAAGGCUUACGUUCUUGGUCUGCGUGCUUUGUUUGCAGAUGGAGGUUGUGAACUACGAAAGCAGUUACACGGCGAACCUCUGAGUCCACAGCUUAAACUUCUAAAUCUUAUCCUCGGAUUUCCAGACUUUCUAAAACCUAUCAUGGGGUUCCUAUCCCGAUUGUUUGUUGGAAGACCAGUUGGUAUAACAAGUGCACUUCGAAAACUGAAAGAUGGUCAGGCAGCACUUGACUUAAUUAAUGAAAUCAAUAGCUAUCGACGUGAAUUCGCCAAAGCUUGGAGUGAAGCAGGCCCACUGGAUGCACUGAUUUGCCCAGUGUCUUCAUACCCUGCCCCUCCCGACGAUGCUUCACCUUUGUACAUUUCACCAUCAAUUGUGUAUACAUUUUUGUAUAAUAUUUUGGAUUAUCCUGCUGGAGCAGUUCCGGCGGGUUUUGUCAGUAGACAGGAUGUUCGAGAUGCACUAGUGAAAUCUGAAUCCCUUCUCACUGCUGGUGAUACCUACAUGUCUAAAGUGCACAAACUUUUAGAUGGAGGAGAGAAUAUGCCACUUUCCAUCCAAGUAGUUGGCAAACCAUUUCAUGAAGAGACUGUUCUUCGAGUAAUGCGUGAGAUAGAGGCGAUUUUUUCUCCCUAG